AUACAAUCUAGUCAAUGAGGACAAGCAUUAACGAGCUCUCUCUCUCAUAAGUAAGAUGGACUUGACGUGUUUGUGUGUGCUGUUCAUGUGGUUUUCAUGUUUUGUCUCAGCAAGACAUGAUGCUCGAGUAAAGCUAACAGACCAAGGUGUAAUCUUGUUGAAUUUUGAACACAAUCAUAUGAAUACAGUUAAACUUGUCAAGAGCUCUGGACUUAUUUGGGCUGGAGGUUCCGAUAACCUGUAUUCCAUCAAUACAUCAUUAAUCUACAAACAGGUGAAAAUGCCCGCUAAGGAGGAAUGUAAAGAUAAUUCAGACUGUACAUACAACAUCUCUUUGCUCAAAGAGGGUGUUAAUGGAAAUUUCCUAUUCCUCUGUAGAACAAACACGUAUUCUACAAGGUGCUAUCAUAUGGCCUCAAACUAUUCCCUGACUGACGCCUUUAAAUCAGAAUAUGUACUAGAUAUUAAUGAGCCAUCAUUAUUGAUUGGUAAUAUGCUGUACUUUACCAAGUCUAACAUGGGAUUGUACAGGAUUAACAGCAUGGAUACACGGGUGAUCUGGCCUCAUUCAGCCCAAAUAGAGCAGAACUUUGUGAAGUUGAUCGCUGGUACAGGCCGUAACCAGGACAAAGUUUAUACAUUCUUCACAGAAAAAAACAAAAGUGCCAGUAAAGAUUUAGAAUCUGACCUGUGGAUUCCUCAAGUGUCUCAGAGCUGCAUGAAUGACAAAGGUGGACCUAAAGAUGAGCUUCAGUCCAGCUGGACGUCGAUGAUUUAUGCCCGUUUGUUCUGUGGAGACGAGGAAGGAGGAUAUCGCUUCACUCAGCUGAUAGACGUCGACACAGUAGAAAAAGACAAUGACAUAAAAAUUUACGGCUUGUUCAGAAACUAUUGGAACAUGAGUGCAGUGUGUGUUUAUAACAUGACUGAAAUCAGCAAUGUCUUCAAUCACUCUGAAUUCAAGUCCAGCAUGAAACGUCCUGUGAAUCACCAGCCUGGAUUGUGUGUUCCAGACAGUACUCGUCUAAGCAGUGACACAUUGAAGUUUAUGAAAGAGCGUCCAGAGAUGAAGGAUUGGGUGAUGCCAGAGAACGGUCCCCUGUUGUUUAAACACCAUCACUACACUCACAUUCAGGUGGACAGAUUACCCAACCAUACAGUGCUGUUUCUGGCUCUAGAAAGUGGAGGGGUCCAUAAAGUCUUAGAAGAGCGUGGUCAACGCCCCGUCUUUGUCAUUGCGGAGUUUCGGCCGUUUCCGCAUGGAACGCACAUUACCAGCAUGGUGUUGGACAGUUUGAAGCAUCUGUAUGUUAGUUCUAGUAAUGAGUUGGCAAAGAUCGACCUGCAGAGGUGUGAAGUGUAUGGAAAUGAUUGUAAUGCAUGUGUCCUAUCCAGAGACCCCUACUGCAUAUGGAACAGUGUGCAGUGCGCCCCUCCCACAUCAGAAUCCAUCCAGGAUCAAACUGAUUGCCAUACACCUGAAGUCGCUAAAUCAAGAACUGAUUUAAGGGAUAAAGCAUCAGUGCAAACCAUCCCAGAAUCCUCUAGAACCUUCCUGCUCUGCCCAAUAUUAUCCUAUCAUGCCACGUACCACUGGUACCAUGGCAAAACAAGCGAGGAGUGUGUUCACACCGAUGCCGGCUGUUUGUAUCUCAUUGAGAGUAUGAAUGCAACUCAUGAAGGGUUAUACAGAUGUGAGUCUUCAGAAGGGGUUUAUAAGAGAACUGUUAUUCGAUAUGAGCUCCGUAUGAGUGGAUCACAAGCGCUCAGUGUCACACCAAUAGUGUUGUUACUUCUAACAAUGUCUCACCUGCUGUUAUAGACCUGCAGAUUUAGUGAAGAGAAAGGUUCAACCUUUGUUGCUGUUUACAAUGCAUUUCACUUACGUAAUGUUUUUUUUUUUAUUAUUUUCAAUGAGAAAAAACAUCAGGAAUAUGUAUUAAGGAAGUAAAUAGGGUCUUUUCGUAAUGAAUAUGAAAGAACGGAAUUAGUCUUGGAAUAUUCAGUCAGUUUUGACAACCAUCAAAAGUGGAUUGGAGAUGAUUGGCUUCAAAAUACUCCAAAUACAAUAUAUGAAAUGUGAAAUAUAUGGGAGAAAAAUACUUCUCAUAAAAGCCCAUUUAGUCAUCAGUCAUAAGAGUGUCAAAAACCAUGAGUAUCAUGUUUGACAUAUGAUUUUAUGAUUUCAUGUGAUCUUAGAGGAUGUGGGAAUUUAUAAUUUUAUGAUCAUCAGUGUUUGUUAUUUUCAUUUAACUCUGUAUUUUCUUUGAGUUUUUAUUUAUUUUUUCUUGGCUUAGAUGGAGGUUAUUCACACAGGCCUAGUGUUUUUUAUUAUUUAGGCUGAUUUCAUUAAGAUUCAAUGGUCAGAAUAUCGCAAAAUCAAAAAAAAAAAAAAAAAAAAACUUUAAUAGUUCCAAAAAUGUAUAUUUGUUCAUUUGAAUCACAUUUUAGUGGAUUUAUGAGUCAGUUCCCCUCAAAUUCACAGAGGUAUAGAUCAUCACAUUAACUAUGGACAUGUUCCGCUAACAUUUUGUCACAACAUUUUUGUGUUCAUUUCUAAUCUAUUUGAUCAUUUCAAACGUAACACUUGCUUUGCAAUUCUGUAAUCUGAUGUGUUGCAACCUGCACUCUGGUUGCUCAGGUAGGUUUAACCAUGAAAGGGGGCAAUCUCUAAAAGCUAAACAAAACUCCCCCAUUAAUAAAUGCAAUGACAUUCAAACAUUUAAGUGUCCAAAUUCUCCUUAAUGGCCACUGAUUUACUCGUGAGGUUUUUCCACAAUCGCAAUUUAUUUUGGGUGUAUUGAACUGGUUGUUCAAUACAUAUUGUCCAAAAUCACAAACAUAUUUAACCUGUGACAGUGUUAGCUUGCUUAAGUGUGUGAUGCAAGUAAUUAAUGUUCAGUAAAUGGAAGAUUGUGAGUGUUAAGAAAAUAUGUAAUUGUGCAAUAAUGAGGUGAUGGAGCUUAACCACUGUGACUAAAUUAACAAGAUUUAUAUUCUAUUUCCUGUUUUAUAUUUAUAGCACGUGAACUUUAAUGAUUUUUGUGAAAUGUUACAGUCAUUGGAAUAUUGGAAAUGAGAACUACAAAUGUAAAUGUUAAUCACUGGGUGAACAAAACGAGGAAGUGAUGGGCGUAUACAAACAUGCAACCAUUGCACAACCCAAUGAAGUGGAAAUGAACCCAUAACAGUGAACUUCAUGCCUGAUCUUUACAUGAAUGUGUGUGUGUAAAGUGUGUGUCUGAGUCAUUAAAGAUUUUAUAGUAAUUGUUUUAGUAAGCACAAACAUUCCAGUUUUUUUUUAAUACCUUUGUUGGAUAUGGAGUAAUUUACUGAUUACAUCACACAGGAUAUGACACUGACCAUAUCUAUAUGACUCACUUCCAAUCAUUUAACUGAUCUCAUCAAAGGAACAAACAGAACAAUUCAUUGUAACUUCAAAAGGUCAGGUAAAGUUUGCUUUUGUAUUUACAUGAAAUGCCCAUAAAAUAUAUCUAAUUUAGAAACCAAAAAAAUUCCAAAAGCACUUCUCAGAAUACAUAUGUAUGAUAAAAGAUAUUAACUUGCCCUUUUUCCCAUACAAGUUUUUGGUUGAAAUGUAUCUGAAGCUAAAUAUAUAUGUAGGUGCUAUAACUGCUCACUAUUUCUUUCACAAGUUCUAGACUUGAGUUUUGUGACAAAUUAAUUUAUAAAAGCACAAACUCCAUGUAAUCUUUCAAUUAAAUAAUUACACACUCAGCGAGUAAAGACGCUGACUACCACCCCUGGAGUUGCGAGGUCGAAUCCAGGGCGUGCUGAGUGACUCCAGCCAGGUAUCCAAAGCAACCAAAUUGUCCCGGUUGCUAGGGAGGGUAACCUCCUUGUGGUCAUGAUUAGGGGUUCUCGCUCUCAAUGGGCCACGUGGUAAGUUGAGCGUGGAUCGCGGAGAGUAGCAUGAGUCUCCACAAGCUGUGAGUCUCUGCAGUAUCAUUCACAGCGAGCCACGUGAUAAGAUGUGCGGAUUGACGGUCUCAGAAUCAGAGGCAACUGACACUUGUUCUCUGCCACCCGGAUUGAGGUGCCACCAUGAGGACAUACUAAGUAGUGGGGGCGUUCCAAAAUUGGGGAGAAAAAAGAAAUAGGCUAACCCAUAGACACAAAGAACCACACAGCUCAUGUUAUAACGUAAAGCUUUAUCUUAACAUACAUGUUUAAAGCCCUGAGAACCAUGUAUUGUCUCGUAGUACUACUGCAAACAAACUCUAUGUUUAAAGUAGGGCUGUCAAUCAAUGAAUAUUUUUAAUCAAAUUAAUUACAUUGUGUCCCGAUUAAUUAAUCGCGAUUAAUUGCAUAUACAAAUAUUUGCUGAGAAAGCCCCUCAUAUAACAAUAAUUCAAUAUAUAAUGAUUAUACAUAUUUAUAUCAAUAUAUAAUUAAUCAUAGUUAUCUUUAAAUAUUUAAAAAUUAUAUAUAUAAUAAAAAAUAUUCAGAUAAUUAAAAUGCUUUACAUUCUUGUGGCAGAUCAGUUCAUCAUUGAUUAGCCGAUACAAAAAGCGGUUUUAGAAUACAAUGUAUUGUUUACUACCAUAUUAUUGAUCAUAAGUCAAUCAUUGGCACACAGUUCACAGCAAUCCAUUUCACAAGUGAAUUUGUCAAUCAGUUGGGAGAGUUAAUAUGAGGGCUUGUUUAAGGACCCGUCAAUGUACACCUACGUCAGACAUCCCUGUGUAGCGUCUCGGGUGCGUUGUGUCAUAAACCUAAAAUGUUUAGGUCACUGUGUCAAGUUAAAUAUAGUUUAAUACUCAAUCUUUAAAUACAUCUUGAGAUCCCUUAGAUCGCAUUUGCGCUCCUUCGAGUGUUUUGAACGCAUCUCCACAUCUGUGUUUCUCAGAGAAAAUGGAAGAACAGGUGUAUGCUGGAACCAAACUAUCCCACUCUUUUGCUGCAAGCCCCCAGAUAUCAAGCAAAAAACGUCAGGCCCCUCAAGCACCUGCGGGCCCAGCUCGCCCUCCCCCUCCUCCUGUGAGAGCUCUUCGACCUCUGCCACAACGCCAGGGCUCACACCCUCCUCCAUCUGCUCGAGGUGAACCAAAAACAACUGAUACCAGCUCUCAGUGAUAUGUGUUGGGUCCCUGCUAUGAUAACAGUAACUUUCUCAAAUGUUUAAAAACAAGCGGGAACCCAGUGUGCCUGUAUCAAUCUCUAUUGCUGUUCGAUUACAUCAUAGAAAGUCUAAGGCCUUCAAAAGCCGUACAGCAAACCCAUCUAAGCUGGUGCCUAUUACACCCAAACUAAGAUUGCUGUGGGGACAAAAACUGUUAAGUUAGCACUUUUAAACAUCCGCUCACUUAAAAAUAAAUCACUUCUAGUCAAUGACUUAAUUAUCACAUACAACCUGGAUUUUAUGUUUCUAAAUGAAACUUGGCUAGAAGACAGCUGUAGUGCAACAGUCCUUAAUGAAACAUCCCCUCCUAACUUUACUUAUUUGAGUGUCUGCAGAGAAGGUAGACGAGGUGGGGGUUUAGCUGCUCUAUUUAAAGAUGUCUAUCAAUGUAAGCAAAUAUCAUUUGGGAAUUACCCGUCUUUCGAAUAUCUGGGUAGUGUGUUAAAAGGUGCUCCACGCAUUUUACU